UUUUCGCUCAUUCUUUUCGUUCCCUGUCUUUUCUUUGCGCUGCCAGCCAGCCCCCUCAUUUAUUUUCUGUUAACCUCGCGCAGGUCGCCGCUUCGAACACUCUGCCUCACUGCUGGCCAUGAAGUGGAUUUUUGCUAUUGUUCUUGCUUAUGCUGCCGCCGCCGGGGCUCAGAGUGUCAACGGGUUGUCCUUAAUUCCGGCAGCCAGCGUUCAUGCGUACGAAGAGGCCUACUGGGCAACAGCAUCGCCUGGAGCGGGGUCUUGGGGUAGCUCCGCGCCUGCUCAAACUCCAGCUCCCUCUGCAACAACCCAAACCUCGGCUUCGCAGUAUACCGAACCGCCGUCCUCUGAUGGGAGCUGGUCGAUGAUGCCCUACUCGUCGUUCAUGUCAGGUGGCUACAGCAGUAUGGCCUGUGGGUACGGUUAUACGAAGGCUUCUGACGGUUCGUGUAAGCCUGUUUCUUGGUGGUCCACGGAAGGUUGCUACGAAACAAUUAUUAUUAACCACAACGGCGGUUACGGUUACGGUUCUUCCGAUUGCAGUACCUAUGGGUCUACUAGUACUGUCACGGAGACUAAGACGGAGACAUCUUUUUCGACGGUGACUCAGACGUACACCGAAACACAAACUUCUACAGCUACUAUAUAUCAGACUCAAACCGAGACAGCAACUGCGACAGACACAGAGGUGUUGACGAAGACUGAUGUCUUCACAUCUACCGUGCUUAUGCCCACUACGCGAAUCUGGACGUCUACGGAAAUCAUCGAUCAGACCAUCACACAGGAGCACACGCUUACGGCCACCGACACUGUCACGGCAACACAGCUUUUGACUGCUACUGAAACUGCUACUGACACGGAGACGGCGACGGAAACCAUCAAGCAAACCUCCACCGAUUUCAUUACCAAGACGGAAGCCACCACAAUCUUAGAGCCCACUACUUACACUAGUCUUGUUGUUAGCACCCGAGUGAUUGAUAACACGAUAACAGAUCUCCUCACUCAAACCGCGACUAUAAUAGACAAUGUCACAUACAUCUCGACCGCAACCCGUACCGAGACUGCCACGGACUUCGUGACCAAGACUGAUACUACUACGGUGGUGAUGCCGACAACAUUCACGUCUACUUGGAUUGAGACUAAGACCAUCGACGAUACGUCAACCAUCGAGCAGACCUUGACUUCGACUGUGACGUCGGACGUGACCUACACGCAGACGGUUACCUAUCUCGAGACCUUGACUGACACCAAGACGGAGACUGAGACCGCCACUGCCACCCAAACCAUAUUCGAAACAAGUCUAGCGACCUGCCUCUGGAAGUGUCAGUCCUAUUGGUCUCUGACUAGUGGUGGCAGUUGGAACACCUAUACAACUACCACAACCAGUUCCUCGUCGCCGUACAAUACCUGGAAUACAUGGGCGAGCUCGCCGAUAGCUACGUGGGAUGCGUCGAGUGCAGACUCGUGGAACACUUGGGCGACUGCCUCCGCUGAUCCGACCUGGAACUCUUGGGCAAGUACCGUGCCAGCAAGCAAACCCACAAACGAUGGUUCUUGGAACUCGGGAAGCUGGGGCUCUUCGAGCUGGUGAAGCAUCAUUUUGUGAUUUGAAGUUGGACGGCUCGGAUUUUUCAAUAAAUUUAUACUCUCCCUAACACUGGCGCGAGCUCUUUAAAUUCCUGACAUUGGACAUUUCUUGGCACCC